ACUUCGGAACGAGGACUACCGUGACUACAGCUCCACCGACGUGAGCCCGGAGGAGAGUCCGUCCGAAGGCCUGAACAGCUUCUCUUCCCCGGGAUCCUACCAGCGGUUCGGGGAAAGCAACAGCACAACUUUCUACUGAAUUGCAGAUUUGAAGAAAUAUGUGGAAGCAUCAUUUAUGACGUAUUUAGGUUAUUUGCACAGAAGAAUUUCCAGACAGUGCCAGGGGCCAAAUCCUGAUUAAGUCUGUGGUACCAUGUUUGAUCUUUUCCGUAUCCUGCUGGAGUAACAGAGGAUGGAAAAUGCUAAAGAUGAGGCCACUGACAUGGUUCCAGACCCUGAUCCACCUAUUAAAAGGCAACAUUGGCACAGGACUCCUGGGGCUGCCUCUGGCCGUGAAAAAUGCAGGCAUCUUGAUGGGUCCCCUCAGCCUGCUGGUGAUAGGCCUCGUGGCUGUGCACUGCAUGGGUAUCCUGGUGAAAUGCGCUCACCACUUCUGCCGCAGACUGAACAAGCCCUUUGUGGACUAUGGGGAUACGGUGAUGUAUGGCCUGGAAGCCACCCCCAUCUCCUGGCUCCGGAACAACGCCCACUGGGGAAGGCACACUGUGGACUUCUUCCUAAUCGUCACGCAGCUGGGAUUCUGCUGUGUCUAUUUUGUCUUUCUGGCUGACAACUUCAAACAGGUGAUAGAAGCAGCCAAUGGGACCACCACCAACUGCCACAACAACGAGACGGUGAUCCUGACGCCCACCAUGGACUCGAGACUCUACAUGCUCGCCUUCCUGCCCUUCCUGGUGCUUCUGGUGUUCGUCAGAAACCUCCGAGUCCUGUCCAUCUUCUCCCUGUUGGCCAACAUCACCAUGGUGGUCAGCCUGGUUAUGAUCUACCAGUUCAUUGUUCAGGAUAUCCCAGACCCCAAAUUCCUCCCCUUGGUGGCAUCCUGGCAGACCUACCCUCUGUUCUUUGGCACGGCCAUUUUUGCAUUUGAAGGCAUCGGGAUGGUUCUGCCCCUUGAAAACAAAAUGAAGGAUCCCCGGAAGUUCUCGCUCAUCCUCUAUGUGGGAAUGGCUAUCAUCACUGUCCUCUACAUCAGCCUGGGGUGUCUGGGGUACCUGCAAUUUGGAGCUAACAUCCAAGGGAGCAUAACCCUCAACCUGCCCAACUGUUGGCUGUACCAGUCAGUUAAGCUGCUCUAUUCCAUCGGCAUCUUCUUCACGUAUGCCCUCCAGUUCUACGUCCCGGCCGAGAUCAUCAUCCCCUUCUUCGUGGCCCGUGCACCUGAGCAUUGCGAGCUGGUCAUAGACCUAUCCGUGCGCACCAUGCUGGUCUGCCUGACGUGCGUCUUGGCCAUCCUCGUCCCCCGCCUGGACCUGGUCAUCUCCCUGGUGGGCUCCGUGAGCAGCAGUGCCCUGGCCCUCAUCAUCCCGCCCCUCCUGGAGAUCGCCACCUACUACUCAGAGGGCAUGAGCCCCGUCACCAUCGUCAAGGACGCCCUGAUCAGCCUCCUGGGCUUCGUGGGCUUUGUGGUGGGGACGUGUGUGACCCUCUACGAGCUGAUCCAGCCCAGCAGCGCUCCCGUCUUCGUCAACUCCACCAGUGCCUUUGUAUAGCGGGCUGGGUGCGUUCCCUGCACCGGCCCACUCCGCCCUGUAUGUUCCCCAGCACCUGGCCCCAGAGCCUCAGGUAGGGUCCAGGCUCUGGGGAGAGGCAAGGUUGCCAUCCAUGUACCCUUACCUGGCACCUGGGUUCCCUGAGCCAGAUAGGGUUGAGGGCAGGUAGAGAGUCGGCAGCAGAUAUGUGGGAGGUACCUCUAGGGGCAGUGCCAUCUCUGUUCAUUUGUACUUAUUUUAACCUGGAACUUUUCAACUCUUUUCCCUGAUCACGCCUUCCCCCCUUACUGCCUGCCCUUCUCCUUCUGACCCACCUCAUCCAAAUUAUUCCUGUUGCACAGCUCACUUUAUUUAAAAAUUUUAAUGUCUCUCACCUCAUGUGUUCUCCUCGCCCGGGCCAGGCCUAGAUGAUGUCAGUGGAAAUGCCCUUCUUUAUGCCCUUGCCGGGCCCAUCUCUUAUCUCUCUCCCAAAUAUUUUACCUCAAUAUUUUCCUACCUGUUCAAGUCUCCACCUCGUAGUGGAGCCUACCUAGUAGUUUAAAACCAGCUGCCCGAAGCUGGAGUUUUUAGCCUUUCCUGUCUCUGGCGUGCUGUCACCCUCGGCGACACCUCCUCUUCUCCGGUUUCCUCGUGUGGGUCACGAUACUGUUAUGAUCUUAGUUGCUGGAACUCCUGGAAGGUAUCAAGUGCUGCCAAAGUUGAAAAUAUUUAUAUUUUAUUUAAAAUCAGCCUUUGUUUUUAGACUCCGUCUCUGGAUCUGGGACUGUUGUGAAUUGUUCCUUCUUCAGUAAACCCUUGCUCGGCUUCUCCCGCUGAGAAGAAGCUUAACGCAGGAGAUGUCUGCUUAGACCCUCCGCACCCUUGGCCAGGGACCCCAGAGAUUUUCAUCAGGAUCAUCAGAGUGUGGACCUUUGAGGGGCACCAUGGACUUUGCCUCCCGUUGACCAGCCACAUUUCCUACUGAGAAGACAUGAAGGACUCAGGAGAUGUUUGCCGGUGCACAAGGCCGAGGGGAAGGAUGGCCACGUGGGGUGUGUUUCUCUCCAUAGGAGGCUUAGAAAAUGGCUGCGUUGUGCAUUCAGGCCUGUUUCGCAGCCUCAGCCCCUGACAGACAAGCGUCACGGCAAUGUCCAGGAAGACACCCAGACUUUUGCCAUGGACAAGAAGACGAGGCCAGUGUGCCCAGAGCGUGUGAGAUUCAGUUCCUAGAGUUUGCAGCAGCUGGUCCGACACUACGAGUGGUGCUCAGUUGUUUACAAUCCCCAGAGGAUGAGGAGGAUGGGCAGAAACAGUGCCCCGCCCCAAGCUGCCUCCAGGACCUGGACUUCCAAUGGUUGGGGCUUUGGUCUCCUGUGUUCUAAACACUAAUCAUGCCCUUGUCUCUGCCCGCCCGCCCCCCAACCCCCCCCCCCCCCCCCCCCCCGCUCCACCCCCGCAUGCAUGCCUCCCUGGGUAUCAGAAAAGAAACAGCCUCAGGGCUGACUCACCUCAAGGUCGGCCUUCGGGUUUGGGAACAAACUGCCGAGAAGGCAGGGGAAGGUCCCUUGCCUUGCUUUCGGCUGCCCCGUCUUCCCUCUUGGUGUGAGAAGUAUUGCAGAAGGGUGUUCAUUGACUCUCCAUCUCUUGAGCUGUGUGUGUGUGUGUGUGUGUGUGUGUGUGUGUGUGUGUGUGUGUGUGUGUGUGUGUGUGCGCGCGCGCGCGCGCGCACGCUCCCCUGCAUAUAUAACAGGGUUCUGCUGUCCUCUACCCCUGCUACCAGGCUCUUGCCUGAAAGUGGGGAGAACAGCACCACUUUAUCAGGGGUUUUGUUUUUGUAUUUCACCAAAGCUCCUAGGGGCUGUGACUCGCCCUCACAGCCCCAGCUUUUUCUUUCUCUUCUGUUCCAAAGCCAGAUUCUCUCAUUGCAGUGACUCCUGACCCACCUAAUAAUUUAUUCACUUAGGAAGAUGGAGUCAGUGGUGAUUUGGUCUCCCUUAGGAAAAUGACACUUUCCUCCAUCCUUUCUGCUCUUUGGUGGUCACUCACAGGUGCUUACAUGACCAGGGUUCUAGCUGGAGGUGGCAGCAGCCCUGCCCUCUGCAGGCUUUCCCUGCCCUUGGGCUUUCUAAGUAACUUCUAGUACCAAAAUGUAACUUCAAGAACUGUCAGCUCCUCUUUGCAAGCCCCGGUUCCAGCAGUCUUUCCAGAGUGGUCCUGAGAGUUGUUUUCAGCGAGAAGGUGCAGGCCAGUAGAAGGGGGUCAGAUGUGUAGCCCACCCACAGCUUCCACGGCGGAGGCUCUGGGCACUGCUAGAGGCAGUCCUCUCCAGGUGGGUCUUGAGACCCGGACUAUGAUGCUGGGACCUGAGGACUGGGUGGCACAAUACUGAGGUCCUCUGGCCCCAGGUCUCUUGCUUCAGAGCCCCUGCCCAGGGAAGGUGGUGCAUAGGAGAGACAGCUCUAGCCGUGGGGCUUCGGGAAGCUAGUUUGGCCUGGCCUUCGUCCUGUUCAAUUGCUUUCCUGUGCUUUUGCUGCUUUGACAGCCCGAUGGCAUGGCUGCUUCAGGAGACUUAGGCAGGGCGGACCCCAUGGGGACCUUCCGGCUAGUGCAGUUGCACAGCAAUGAGGUAUCGAGUAAAGGGUCGGCCAGAGGUCGUAGUGGAGGAAGCCCUUCCUCUUCUGGAAGCAGCCCGCGGGGCCAGCUCAGGGAAGCUUACUCCUCUGCUGCCCACGGGGCUGCUCAGUCAGGGAGCCCUCCCUGCUUUCCUCCCAGUGCUCUUAGGAACCAGCUGCCCAGCCUCUUCCUGGGCCCUGCUUUAGUCUCUGGUGAGAAAGCCCCAGCAUCAGUAAGAGACUGAUCGGGGAGCAGCAGAGCGAAGGCUUUCAGGAGUGUGAGGCCACAUCUGUCAGACCAAACCAAACCGUGGGGCUUUCUGGCCCAGUGCUGUUGGGCUCUGUGUCCUCCUCCAGUCUCCCCAGGGCAACCCCAGAUUCCAUCGGCCCAGAGGUAGCUUCUCAGAGCCCCUUGUUCUGUCCUGCAAAUGCCGCUAUUGGGAGCAGGUUUCCAACUCCCUGUAGGCAGUAUACCUCUCCUUAAAUGUAGGUUCUUGCUGGAAACAGCAUGACCUGGCAUCCUACUAUUCCCUUUUUCCUAGAAGUUGUACCAUUCACAAGUGGCAUUAUUUAUGUUGUGCUGUUGUCCAGCUGCUAGGAGCCCUUCAUCUGCACAGAGGUAUGUGACUGUGUGGCAUGUCUUAGCCUAGACCCUGCCGCUUACACCCUCCUUCUCUGUCACUGACCUCUCCAGCCAACUUCACGGGCUGAGGCUCACCGUUCACUCUCUACCCCCAGGCAAACAGGUACAUCAGGAAAAUCCUUUCCCCCUCCCUGUUCUCCUGUCUCUUUUUUUCUAAAAUGUCUCCCUUCCUAAAUUGUAGAACAUCAUCUGUGUUUAACUACAUGUUCACCUCAUGCUUUUUGGAAGUGCAGAGUCUCAAUUUAUGUGUGUUUACAGCUCCCUCUAUUCACUAUUCACCGCAAGGGGGUCUGUAUCAGUUUAGUUCAUGGCCGAUGGGACGUUAAGGCGAGACCCGGCAUCGGCCCUGCUCAGAACACAAAGCUGCUUUGUCACGGUGGAAAUAAAAAAUGUAAGUGGCAUGACUUGGUGUACAGGAGUCGGCUCGAUGUCUGCCUUAGAAUUAAUUUUUUCAAAGUACAUUACACGUCUCGAAGGGGAAAGGAGAGUGCUUUGUCUUUGAAAUCACGGUCAAUACUUUUUAGACAGUCCUGCUGGUUGCAAGGCUGUUUGCUCUCACAGCAUCUGCCUGUGGCAUUUCUUCCCUGUCCUUGUACCACUGGGUCCUUUCCUGGCCAGGAGACAUAAACGGUGCUGAUCUAAGGUUGCCAGAGUUGCAGUGGGGAGUGAGGGUGCCUGUUGUCAGCCGCGUUCUUUUGUUUCGAUGAAGGUGGUGCUGUAGAAGUGAUUUUGUUUUACUGAACAAUAAAAUCAUGUGGCUCUGUUGUAGAACAUGUCAGUGGAUGUGUGAAUAAGAGGAAUAUGAAAAACUACCCUCCAGCAGGUCUUGAUAACAAGACAGUCCUGUGUAUGUUAUGUGCCUGCGUUGGAUGUGUGUUUCCCGCAUGGUAUGUAUAGGGACGUGGAUCAUGCUGGAGCUCAUGGAAGAUCUUAUUUUGGGUUCUGCACACGAUUCAUGUGUUAAACUUUUCCUUAAUAAAUGAAUUUUAUUUUUGAUGUUUGA